GCCUCGCGCAUCCUGGAGAGCAGCCUGAGCCGCCGCAGCCAGGCCAUCGCCAACUACGCGCUGGUGCCCUUCCACGACCCAGAUAUCGGCCCAGUGACCCUCACGGCAGACCCGGCGGUGUUUCAGAGAGAGCUGAGAGAACUCUACGUGCAGGGGGGCGGUGACUGCCCAGAGAUGAGCGUGGGAGCCAUCAAGGCUGCCGUGGAGGUGGCCAACCCCGGCUCCUUCAUCUACGUCUUCUCGGAUGCCCGUGCCAAGGACUUCCACAGGAAGGACGAGGUCCUGCGGCUCCUGCAGCUGAAGCAGUCUCAGGUGGUCUUUGUGCUGACAGGGGACUGCGGUGACCGCACGCACCCUGGCUACCUGGCCUAUGAGGACAUCGCCGCCACCAGCUCCGGGCAGGUGUUCCACUUGGACAAGCAGCAGGUGACCGAGGUGCUGAAGUGGGUGGAGUCAGCGGUCCAGGCAUCCAAGGUGCACCUGCUGUCCACGGACCACCAGGAGGAGGGCGAGCACACGUGGAGGAUCCCCUUUGACCCCAGCCUGAAGGAGGUCACCAUCUCCCUGAGCGGCCCGGGUCCCGAGAUCGAAGUCCGCGACCCACUGGGGAGGAUCCUGCAGAAGGACGAGGGCCUCAACGUGCUCCUCAGCAUUCCUGACUCUGCCAAGGUUGUGGCAUUUAAGCCCGAGCAUCCUGGACUGUGGUCCAUCAAGGUCUACAGCAGCGGUCGCCAUUCGGUGAGGAUCACAGGCAUCAGCAACAUCGACUUCCGAGCCGGCUUCUCCACCCAGCCCUCUCUGGACCUCAACCACACCAUUGAGUGGCCCCUACAAGGGGUCCCCAUCUCCCUGGUGAUCAACUCCACAGGCCUGCAGGCCCCCGGCCACCUAGACUCAGUGGAGCUCUCACACAGCUCGGGGCAGCCCCUCCUGACUUUGCCCAUACAGCCCCUCUCCAACGAUUCCACCCAUCAGCUCUGGGGUGGACCGCCCUUCCACGCCCCCCAGGAGCGCUUCUACCUCAAGGUGAAGGGCAAAGACCACGAGGGGAAUCCCCUUCUCCGUGUCUCUGGAGUUUCCUACAGUGGGGUGGUCCCAGGUGCCCCCCUGGUCAGCAUGCCUGCUAGGAUUCACGGUUACCUGCAUCAGCCCCUGCUGGUCUCCUGCUCUGUACACAGCACCCUCCCCUUCAGGCUACAGCUGCGGCGAAACAGAGCCAGGCUGGGCGAGGAGAGGCACUUUCAGGUGUCGGGAAAUAGCAGCUGGGAGAUCCCCCGGGCCUCCAAGAUGGAGGAAGGGGCGUACGAGUGUACGGCGGUGAGCCGGGCUGGGACCGGGCGAGCCAAGGCCCAGGUGGUUGUCACAGAACCCCCGCCGCAGAUAGUCCCCGCCCCCAACGUGACCGUGUCCCCGGGGGAGACCGCCAUCCUGUCCUGCCGGGUCCUGAGUGAGGUCCCCUACAAUCUGACGUGGAUCCGGGACUGGCGGGUCCUGUCGUCCCCGACGGGCAGAGUCGCCCAGCUGGCUGACCUGUCCCUGGAGGUCGCCGGCAUCGUCCCCAGUGACGCCGGGCGGUACCAGUGCAUGGCCAGCAACGCCAAUGGGGCCACAAGGGCGUCCGUGUGGCUCCUGGUGCGAGAGGCCCCGCAGGUCAGCAUCCACACCCGGUCCCAGCACUUUUCCCAGGGCGUGGUGGUGAGAGUUAGCUGCUCAGCGUCUGGGUACCCCACCCCCCACAUCUCCUGGAGCCGUGAGGGUCGUGCCCUGCGGGAGGACAGCAGAAUCCGUGUGGAUGCCCAGGGAACCCUGAUCAUCCAGGGAGUGGCCCCAGAGGAUGCUGGGAAUUACAGCUGCCAGGCUGCUAAUGAGGUUGGCACAGACGAGGAGACAGUCACCCUCUACUACACAGACCCACCGUCAGUCUCUGCCGUGAACGCUGUGGUGCUGGCGGCUGUCGGGGACGAGGCCGUGCUGGUGUGUGAGGUGGCCGGGGUGCCCCCGCCCCGGGUCAUCUGGUAUCGAGGGGGUCUUGAAAUGAUUCUGGGCCCUGAGGGCUCCAGCUCUGGGACGCUGCGGAUCCCGGCAGCCCGGGAGAGGGAUGCUGGUGUCUACACCUGUCGAGCUGUCAAUGAGAUGGGCGAGGCCUCUGCAGAAAUCCGGCUGGAGGUUGGACAUGCGCCCCAGCUGAUGGAGCUGCCCCGCGAUGUCACCGUGGAGCUGGGGAGGAGUGCCCUCCUGGCGUGCCGGGCCCUGGGCCGCCCGCCCCCGCUGGUCACCUGGCGCCGUGCAGAUGGCCAGCCACUGGGGCCCGGGCGGGGCCGCAGGACCGGGCAGCCUGACUCAGGAGUGCUGUUCUUUGAAAGUGUGGUCUCCGAGGACCAGGCCCUGUACAUCUGCGAAGCUCAAAACGUGUUUGGGAAGGUCCAGGCGGAGGCCCGGCUCAUUGUGACCGGACACGCCCCACCGCAGAUCGCCAGCAGUGCCCCCACCGUCCGGGUGCUGGAGAGGCGUCCCGUGUCCCUGCCCUGCGUCAUCCUGGCGGGGCGGCCCACCCCGGAGCGGCGCUGGCUCAGGGCCGGCCUGCCGCUCCCGCCUGGCAGCCGGCAUUCGGUCCGGGCAGAUGGCAGCCUCCACCUGGACCGGGCGCUGCAGGAGGACGCGGGGAGGUACAGCUGCGUGGUCACCAACAUGGCUGGCUCUCAACACAGGGACGUGGAGCUGGUUGUCCAGGUGCCCCCUAGAAUCCAGCCCACGGCCACCCACCAUGUCACCAAUGAAGGGGUUCCCAUCUCCCUCCCCUGUGUGGCCUCAGGGGUCCCCACCCCCACCAUCACCUGGACCAAGGAAUCCAGCGCCCUGACCUCCAUGGGUCCCCACUUCAACGUGAGCACAGACGGCACCCUGGUCAUCGCCCGGCCGUCUGCCCAGGACGCGGGGGCCUACGUCUGCACGGCCACCAACGCUGUGGGCUUCUCCAGCCAGGAGAUGCGGCUUUCUGUCAACACUGAACCCAGGAUCCGUGUGAAUGGGUCACGUGAUGCAGAUGAGCCUCUCAGAGUCACGGCCAAGGCUGGCGAUGAGGUGACCCUGGACUGCGAGGCCCAGGGCUCCCCGCCCCCGCUGGUCACCUGGACCAAGGACCUGCGCCCUGUGCCACCUGCCACCGACAGGCAUCGCCUCCUGCCGUCGGGCUCCCUGCGUCUGGCCCAGGCCCAGGUCGGUGACAGCGGCCUUUACAGAUGCAUGGCCACCAACCCUGCUGGGUCUGCUUCCCAGCACUACAUCCUCCGGGUGCAAGUGCCCCCGCAGGUGCAGCGGGGCCCGCGGGUCCUGAAGGUGCUGGCGGGAGAGAUUCUGGACCUGAACUGUGUGGCCGAGGGCAGCCCGGAGCCCCGGUUGAACUGGUCCAAGGACGGGGUGGCCCUGGGCAGCGGGAGCCCCGACGGCUCCGUCCACUUCUCAGCGGUCCAGACCUCCGACUCUGGGCUGUACCGCUGCGAGGCUUCCAACAGCGCCGGCGUGGAUGCCUGGGAGCUGGAGCUUACGGUGCUGGGGGCUCCCCCAUGGUGGGGCCAGCGACUUCUGCACAAGUGUGGGCGCGGAGGCGGCAGGUGUCAGAGCGUCGUGGUGAUGACACCGUGUGCCCCGUCAGGGGUGCCCCCGCCGCAGAUCACGUGGCGGAAGGGCCCGUCCUCGGAGCCCCUGCGUGGCCGGCCGGGCCUGGAGGUGCUGGAUGAAGGCUCCCUGUUUCUGGCCUCCGUCUCCCCCACCGACAGCGGAGACUAUGAGUGCCAGGCCACCAAUGAGGCGGGCUCUGCGUCCAGGAGGGCCAAGCUGGUGGUCUAUGUGCCCCCUAGCAUCCGGGAGGACGGGCACAGGGCCAAUGUGUCAGGCAUGGCCGGACAGUCCCUGACUUUGGAGUGUGACGCCAGUGGCUUUCCAGCCCCUGAGAUCCUGUGGCUCAAGGACGGGCAGCCGAUUCCCGAGGGGGUUGGUCACCGCCUGCCGGCCAAGCCCGGGGCCCUCCACUUUCCCAGGAUCCAGGAGGCCGAUUCGGGCCUCUACUCCUGCCGUGCAGAGAACCAGGCGGGGACUGCCAAGAGGGACUUCGAUCUGCUCGUGCUCAUCCCUCCCUCCGUGGCAGGAGCCGGGGCCGCCCAGGACGUGCUGGGCCUGGCCGGCGCAGACGUCAGACUGGAGUGCCGGACCGCGGGGGUCCCCACGCCCCAGGUGGAGUGGACCAAGGACGGGCAGCCCAUCCCUCCGGGAGACCCUCAUGUCCAGCUGCAGGAGGACGGCCAGGUCCUUAGGAUCACCGGCAGUCACCUGGGAGACGAGGGGCGGUACCAGUGUGUGGCCUUCAGCCCCGCCGGCCAGCAGACCAAGGACUUCCAGCUCCGGAUGCACACACCUCCCACCAUCUGGGGCUCCAAUGAGACGAGCGAGGUGGCUGUCAUGGAGGGCCACCCGGCGCGGGUCCUGUGUGAGGCCCGAGGAGUGCCCACGCCUAACAUCACCUGGUUCAAGGACGGCCUUGAACUCAGCCUCGACACCGAGGCUGUCUACACCAGGGGCGGCCGGCAGCUGCAGCUGGCGAGGGCCCGGGGCGCGGAUGCUGGCACCUACACCUGCAAGGCCAGCAACCGUGUGGGGGUCACGGAGAAGACCACCAGGCUGGAGGUGUACGUCCCACCCACUAUUGAGGGCACCGGAGGCGGACCCCGUGUGGUGAAGGCUGUGGCCGGGAAGCCCUUGGCGCUGGAGUGUGUGGCCAAAGGCCACCCGCCCCCCACCCUCUCCUGGCACUAUGAGGGGCUGCCUGUGGCGGAGAGCAGCGGGACGCGGCUGGAGGCGGGGGGCAGCGUGCUGAGCCUGGAGAGCCUGAGCGAGGCGUCCGGAGGCCUGCACAGUUGCGUGGCCAGCAGCCCCGCCGGGGAGGCUGUUUUGCGGUACUCCGUGGAAGUACAGGUUCCCCCACAGCUCCUGGUGGCUGAAGGCUUGGGCCAGGUGACCGCCCUCGUGGGACAGCCCCUGGACCUCCCCUGCCAGGCCUCAGGCUCCCCGGCGCCCACUCUCCAGUGGCUGCAGAACGGCCGCCCGGCCGAGGAGCUGGCUGGGACACAGGUGGUCCCAGGGGGGACCUCACUGCACAUCGAGAGCGUAGAGCUGGGCCACGCGGGCCUCUUUGCUUGCCAGGCCACCAAUGAGGCGGGCACGGCCGGGGCGGAGGUGGAGCUGUCCGUGCACGAGCUCCCAUUGGUGUCCAUCGUCGGGGGUGACAAUAUCACGGUCCCUUUCCUGCAGCCUGUGACCCUCCAGUGUGUGGGGACUGGGGUGCCCACCCCAAUUCUCCACUGGUGGAAGGAUGGGGUGGCCCUGGCAGCCUUGGGGGGGAAACUGCAGAUUGAGAAGGUGGACCUGAGGGAUGAGGGCGUCUACACUUGUGCCGCCACCAACCUGGUUGGGGAGAGCAAAAAGGAGGUGGUCCUCAAGGUUCUGGUGCCCCCCAACAUCGAGCCGGGCCCGCUGAACAAGGCAGUGCUGGAAAAUGCCUCGGUAACCUUGGAGUGUCUGGCCUCGGGUGUGCCCCCUCCCGAUAUCUCCUGGUUCAAGGGCCACCAGCCCGUCUCAGCCCGGAAGGGAGUGACCGUAUCAGCCGAUGGGAAAGUUCUCCGCAUUGAGCGGGCACGGUUUUCCGAUUCUGGAAGCUACCGCUGUGUGGCAUCCAAUGUGGCAGGGAGCACAGAGCUGCAGUAUGGGCUACGGGUCAAUGGGCAGCCCCUGCCAGGGGAGGGGAACAGCCUGGAGCAGGUGUCAGCCGUGGGGCGGCUGCUGUACCUGGGACAGGCCCAGCCGGCCCACGAGGGAACGUACACCUGCGAGUGCAGCAACGCAGCGGGAAGGUGCAGCCAGGACCAGCUGUUGGAGGUGCAUGUGCCACCUCAGGUCGCUGGUCCCCGCGAGCCCCACACACAGGUCUCUGUGGUCCAGGAUGGGGAGGUCACCCUGUGGUGCAACGUCACGGGGAAGCCCCCGCCCAGGGUGACGUGGGAGCGGGGCGGCCAGCUGCUGCGGGACCAAGGCCAGCGCCUGCACGUGGAGCGGGCACAGGCCGCACACAGCGGGCGCUACAGAUGUGUGGCCGAGAACGUGGCCGGAAGUGCCGAGAGGAGGUUCUCGCUCUCCGUGCUGGUGCCCCCUGAGUUUGCCGGAGACUUGGACCCACUGACCAACGUCUCUGUGGCCCUGCACCGCCCCCUGACACUGUUCUGUGAAGCCCUCGGCGUCCCCCCGCCGCGGCUCCGCUGGUUCCGAGGGGAGGAGCCCAUCAGCCCCGGGGAGGACACCUACCUCUUGGCAGGUGGCCGGAUGCUGAAGGUGACCUGGGCCCAAGAGCAAGACAGAGGUCUCUACUCGUGCCUGGCGAGCAACGAGGCUGGGGAGGCUCGGAGGAACUUCAGUGUGGGGGUCCUGGUUCCUCCCAGGAUUGAGAACGAGGACCUGGAAGAGGCAGUCAGGGUCCCCGAGGGGCAGCCAGCCCCCCUCAUGUGCAACGCCACAGGCCACCCACCGCCCCAGGUCACGUGGUUCAAAGACGGGCGGCCCCUGGCGGGUGGAGACGCCUACCAUGUCUCUCCAGACGGCGCCCUCCUGCAGGUCGUCCGGGCCAACCUGUCUAGUUCCGGCCACUACUCCUGCGUCGCAGCGAAUGCGGUUGGGGAGAAGACCAAGCACUUCCAGCUUAGCGUCCUGGUGGCUCCCACCAUCCUGGGAGCGGCCGAGGACAGCGCGGACGAGGAGGUGACGGUGACCAUCAACAACCCCAUUUCUCUGAUCUGUGAGACGCUGGCCUUCCCCUCCCCCACCAUCACCUGGAUGAAGGACGGCGCCCCGUUCGAGGCUUCCAGCAACGUCCAGCUGCUCCCAGGCACCCACGGGCUGCAGAUCCUGAAUGCCCAGAAGGAAGACGCGGGCCAGUACACCUGCGUGGUCACCAAUGAACUUGGAGAGGCUGUGAGGAACUACCACGUGGAGGUGCUCAUCCCUCCUUCCAUCUCCAAAGACGACCCCUCGGGGGAGGCCGGCGUGAAGGAAGUGAAGACCAAGGUCAACAGCACCCUGACCCUGGAGUGUGAGUGCCGGGCCGUACCCCCGCCCACCAUCAGCUGGUACAAGGAUGGACGGCCCGUGACCCCCAGCCCGCGGCUCCGCGUCCUGGGCGAAGGCCGGCUGCUCCAGAUCCAGCCCACGCGGGUCUCGGAUUCGGGGCGAUACCUGUGUGUGGCCACGAACGUGGCGGGCGAGGAUGACCAGGACUUCAAUGUGCUCAUCCAGGUGCCCCCCAUGUUCCAGAAGCUGGGCGACGCCGGUGUGGACUUCGAGACCCCGUCCAGGGAGGAGGAGGUCCUCGGCGGGGUGACGGAGUACCGGGAGGUUGUGGAGGACAGCCCCGCCUACCUGGACUGCGACACCAAUGCCAUCCCUCCCCCGGAGCUCAGCUGGUACAGAGACGGCCAGCCCCUCUCGGCCGCAGACGGGGUGUCUGUUCUGCAAGGAGGUCGGGUCCUGCAGAUCCCCCUUGUGCGUGCGGAGGAUGCCGGGAAGUACUCGUGCAAGGCCUCCAACGAGGUGGGCGAGGACUGGCUGCACUACCAGCUGCUCGUGCUGACCCCGCCUGUGAUCCUGGGUGACCCGGAGGAGCUCGUGGAGGAGGUGACGGUCAACGCCAGCAGCACUGUCAGCCUCCAGUGCCCGGCCCUGGGCAACCCUGUGCCCACCAUCUCGUGGCUCCAGAAUGGGCUGCCUUUCUCCCCGAGCCCACGGCUGCAGGUCCUGGAGGACGGGCAAGUCUUACAGGUUUCCACGGCGGAGGUGGCUGAUGCCGCCAGCUACAUGUGUGUGGCCGAGAACCCGGCGGGCUCCUCAGAGAAGCUCUUCACCCUCAGGGUGCAAGCCCCCCCUCGAAUCACAGGCCCGAACUUGGAGCAGGUCACGGCCAUCGUCAACAGCAGCGUCUCCCUGUCCUGUGACGUCCAUGCUCACCCGAGCCCCGAGGUCACAUGGUACCGAGACAGCCAGGCCCUCUCUCUGGGAAAAGAGGUCUUCCUCCGGCCUGGCACCCACACGCUGCAGCUGGCCAGGACGCGGCCGUCAGACUCUGGGACAUACACGUGUGAGGCCCUCAAUGCCGCCGGCCAGGACCAGAAGCUGGUGCAGCUCAGCGUGCUGGUGCCCCCCACCUUCAGGCAGGCUCCCAGCAGCCCCCAGGAAGCGAUCCUGGUCCGGGCUGGGGACACAGCCAUCCUGAGCUGCGAGACCGACUCAUUCCCUGAGCCGACCGUGACGUGGCUCAAAGACGGGCAACCCCUGGUCCUGGCACAGCGCACCCAGGCUCUGCUGGGCGGGCAGAGGCUGGAGGUCCGGGACACCCAGGUGCUGGAUAAAGGCUCGUACAGCUGUAAAGUCAGCAACAGCGCCGGGGAAGCCAUGCGGACCUUCGUCCUCACCGUCCAGGUGUCCCCAACAUUUGAGAACCCCAAGACAGAGCGGGUGAGCCAGGUGGCCGGGAGCCCCCUGGUCCUGAGCUGUGACGUGACUGGGGUCCCUCCGCCUACCGUCACCUGGCUGAAGGACAGAAUGCCCGUUGAGAGCAGCGUGGUGCACGGCGUGGUCUCCCGGGGGGGCCGCCUGCAGCUGAGUCACCUGCAGCCCGCCCAGGCCGGCACCUACACGUGCGUGGCGGAGAACAGCCAGGCCGAGGCCCGCAAGGACUUCGUGGUAGCCGUGCUGGUGGCCCCCCAGAUCCGGAGCUCGGGUGCCACGCAAGAGCACAGUGUCCUGGAGGGACAGGAGGUGCGACUGGACUGCGAGGCGGACGGGCAGCCCCCGCCCGACGUGGCCUGGCUGAAGGAUGGCAGCCCGCUGGGCCAGGGCGUGGGCCCCCACCUCCGGUUCUACCUGGACAGCGGUGCCCUGGUGCUGAAGGGUCUGCGGGCCGAGGACUCGGGCGCCUACACCUGCGUGGCCCACAACGUGGCCGGGGAGGACGCCAGGCUGCACACAGUGAGCGUGCUGGUUCCUCCCACCAUCGAGCAGUGGGCAGAGGGCUCGGGGACCCUGGUGAGCAGGCCCGGGGAGCUGGUGACCAUGGCGUGCCCCGUCCGGGGCUCCGCGCCCAUCCGCGUCAGCUGGCUCAAGGACGGCCUGCCCCUCCCGCUGUCCCAGCGCACCCGCCUCCACAGCUCCGGCCGCACCCUCAGGAUUUCCCAGGUGCAGUUGGCAGAUUCUGGAGUUUUCACCUGCGUGGCCGCAAGCCCAGCUGGCGUGACCGACAGGAACUUCACCUUACAGGUGCACGCGCCCCCUGUCUUGGACACCAAGUGCAAGGUGACCCUGGGUGGGUGUCUUGCAGAGCCCCCCCACAUUGAGGACUCGGGCCAGCCCGCAGAGCGGUUGCUGACUCCCGGCACCCCCUUGGAGCUCCACUGCGAUGCCCAGGGUACCCCGCAGCCCAACGUCACCUGGCACAAGGACGGGCAGGCCCUGGGCAGGCCUGAGGACGGCAGCAGGGUGCUCCGGGUAGAGGAUGUGCAGGUGGGCGAUGCUGGGCUGUACACGUGCCUGGCCCAGAGCCCCGCUGGCCAGGUGGAGAAGAGCUUCCGGGUCAGGGUUCAAGGCCCCCCUCACGUUAUAGGGCCCCGAGGCCCCCGCUCUGUGGUCGGCCUGGCUCCUGGGCAGCUGGUUCUAGAAUGUUCCGUGGAGGCGGAGCCGGCACCCGAGAUCGAGUGGCACCGAGAUGGCAUCCUGCUGCAGGCGGACGCCCACACCCAGUUCCCAGAACAGGGGAGGUUCCUGCAGCUGCAGGCCCUGAGCGUGGCCGACGGGGGCGACUACUCUUGCACGGCCCGCAACGCCGCGGGCAGCACCAGCGUGGCCUUCCGCGUGGAGAUCCACAUGGUGCCCACCAUCCAGCCCGGACCGCCCGUUGUGAACGCCUCCGUGAACCAGACGGCCGUGCUGCCCUGCCGGGUGGAUGGGGCACCCCUGCCCCUCGUGAGCUGGCGGAAGGACGGGGCCCCCCUGGAUCCCGACAGCCCCAGGUUGCAGGUUCUGCCCGAAGGUUCCCUGAGGAUCCAGCCGGUCCUUGCCCAGGACGCCGGCCACUACCUCUGCUUUGCGUCCAACUCUGCAGGCUCAGAUCGGCAAGGCCGUGAGCUCCAGGUCUUCGAGCCUCCUGCCAUCGCCCCCAGCCCCUCCAACCUGACCUUGACUGCCCACAGCCCUGCCUCACUGCCCUGUGAGGCCAGCGGCUCCCCCAAGCCCCGGGUGGUCUGGUGGAAGGAUGGACAGAAGCUGGAUUUCCACCUGCAGCAGGGAGCCUACCGGCUCCUGCCCUCCAACGCCCUGCUCCUGGCAGCUCCCGGCCCCCAGGACUCAGCCCAGUUUGAGUGCGUGGUGAGCAACGAGGUGGGCGAGGCCCGCGGCCUCUACCAGGUGACCGUCCACGUGCCUCCCACCAUUGCUGACGACCAGACCGACUUCACCGUGACCAAGAUGGCACCCGUGGUCCUCACGUGCCACAGCACGGGAGUCCCGGCCCCGGUCGUGUCCUGGAGCAAGGCAGGCGCCCAGCUGGGCCAACGGGGCAGUGGCUACCGGGUCACGCCUUCGGGUGCCCUGGAGAUCGGGCAGGCCCUCCCGGUCCAUGCUGGGCGCUACACGUGCACCGCCCGCAACGCUGCAGGCGUGGCCCACAAGCACAUGGUCCUCACUGUGCAAGCGUCCCCCGUGGUGAACCCUCUGCCCAGCGUGGUCCAGGCACUGGCGGCCGAGGAGGUGCUGCUGUCCUGCGUGGCCUCGGGCAUCCCCCGGCCACGCGUCACCUGGCAGAAGGAGGGGCUCAGCAUCCCCGCAGGAGCGAGCACACAGCUCCUGCCCAGCGGACAGCUGCGGAUCCUCCGCGCCAGCCCAGAGGAUUCCGGCAACUAUUUUUGCAUUGCCCAGAACAGCGCGGGCAGCGCCGUCGGGAAGACGCGGCUGGUGGUGCGAGUCCCGCCCAUGAUCGAGACAGGCCUCCCUGACGUGUCCGCCACCGAAGGCUCCCCCGCCCUCCUGCCCUGCUCAGCCAGCGGCAGUCCUGAGCCCACCGUCACCUGGGAAAAAGAUGGCCAGCCUGUGUCCGGGGCCGAGGGGAAGUUUACCGUCCAGCCUUCUGGGGAGCUGCUGGUGAAGAACUUGGAGAGCCAGGAUGCCGGAACCUACACGUGCACGGCCGAGAACACAGUGGGCCGUGCCCGCCACCGCGUGCACCUCACCGUCCUGGCACUGCCCGUCUUCACCACCCUGCCCGGGGACCGCAGCCUACGCGUCGGGGACAGGCUGUGGCUCCGCUGUGCGGCGCAGGGCAGCCCGACACCCCGCAUUGGCUGGACCGUGAAUGACCGACUUGUCACGGAGGGGGUGUCCGAACAGGACGGGGGCAGCACCCUGCAGCGAGCGGCCGUCACCAGGGAGGACAGUGGGACCUACGUCUGCUGGGCCGAGAACAGAGUGGGGCGCGUGCAGGCCGUCAGCUUCGUCCACGUGAAGGAAGCCCCCGUCCUGCAAGGGGAGGCCUUCUCCUACCUGGUGGAGCCCGUGGGGGGCAGCGUCCAGCUGGACUGCGUGGUCCGUGGAGCCCCGGCGCCCAACAUCCGCUGGAUCAAAGAUGGCCUUCCGCUCCGGGGCGCCCGACCCCGCCACCAGCUGCAGAAAGGCUCGCUGACCAUCCGCAGGACGGAGACGGAGGACGCGGGCCGGUACCAGUGCCUGGCGGAGAACGAGGUGGGCGCAGUGGAGAAGGUGGUGAUCCUCGUGCUGCAGAGUGCCCCGGCGUUCCGGGUGGAGCCCCGGGACGUGACGGCCAGGGCCGGGGACGACGUGGCCCUGCAGUGCCGGGCCUCAGGGGAGCCGGCGCCCACCCUGGAGUGGCUGCGUGCCGGCCAGCCCUUGCGGACGGGCGGGCGGCUCCAGCCGCUGCCCGACGGGGGCCUGUGGCUGCAGCGAGUGGAGCCCCGGGACGCGGGCACCUACGAGUGCGUCGCUCACAACCUCCUGGGCUCUGCCACGGCCCGAGCGGUGCUGGCCGUGAGAGGGGAGCCUCGCGGGAGCUGGGGCAGCAUGUCCGGGGUGAUCAAUGGCCAGGAGUUAGGCACGGCCACCCUCAACACCAGCGCACAUCAGGAGGCCGGUUCUGGGGUCGUCACCGUCCGCAGCAGCAUCAGCCAUGUCCCUGCGAGUGUGGGGCCUCUGAUGCGCGUCCUCCUGGUGACCAUCGCCCCCAUCUACUGGGCCCUGGCUGGAGAGAGUGGAGAUGCCCUGAACGGCCACUCGCUGACGGGCGGCAGCUUCCAGCAGAAGUCACACGUGGAGUUUGCCACAGGGGAGCGGCUUAUGAUGACCCAGGAGGCCCGGGGCCUGGAUGCCGAUGGCUUCCUGCUCCUUGACGUGGUGGUCAGUGGCGGUGUCCCCGAGAGCCUGGCUGACGCGGACCUUCAAGUGCAGCUCACCGUCUACCCCCUCGUGUGGCACGAGUCACAGCCAGUGCCCCCACCAGGCCUGAGCUGGAAACGGGCUCACCGGCUGGCUGGGCGCCCGCCUGGCUCAGGGCUGAGGGGACAAGAGAAUGAAGUCGGCUGCCCCGAGGGCUUCGAGCUGGACCCGCAGGGAGAGUUUUGUGUGGACAGGGACGAGUGUUCAGACGGCCCUAGCCCCUGUUCCCACUCCUGCCACAACGCACCUGGUCGCUUCUCCUGCUCCUGCCCGGCCGGCUUUGCCCUGGCCAGCGAUGGCAGGAACUGCAGAGAUGUGGAUGAGUGCCUGUGGGAUGCCGACCUUUGCCAGCAGGGACAGCGCUGCAUGAACCUCUUCGGGUCCUACCACUGCCUCCCCGACUGCAGGCCUGGCUUCCGGGUGGCCGCUCACGGGGCCGGCUGUGAAGAUGUGGACGAGUGCCUGGAGCAGUUGGACGAGUGUCACUACAACCAGAUCUGUGAGAACACCCCCGGCGGGCACCACUGUAGCUGUCCCCGAGGGUACCGGCUCCAGGGCCCCGGGCUGCCCUGCCUAGAUAUCAAUGAGUGCCUGCAGCUCCCCCAGACCUGCGCCCACCAGUGCCAAAACCUCCAGGGUGGCUUCCGCUGCCUGUGCCCGCCGGGCCAGACCCUCCUCCGUGACGGCAAGACCUGCACCCCGCUAGAGCAGGGGGAACAAAACGUGACCACCGUCAGCCACCGGGGCGCCUUGGUGCCCUGGCUGCGGCCCCGUGCCCCUAACCCCAGAGGCUCUUACCAGGCCUGGGUCUCCCUCCGGCCGGGCCCCGGGGCCCUGCGCAGUCUGGGCCGGGCCUGGUGCCCCGCUGGCUUCAUCCGGCAGAAUGGCAUCUGCACAGACCUGGACGAGUGCCGGGUGAGGAACUUUUGCCAGCACGCCUGCCUCAACACAGAGGGCAGCUACCGAUGCCUCUGCCCCGAGGGCUACCGCCUCCUCCCCAGCGGGAAAAACUGCCAGGACAUCAACGAGUGCGAGGAGAAUGACAUCGAGUGUGGGCCCGGCCAGAUGUGCUUUAACACCCGCGGCAGCUACCAGUGUGUGGACACGCCGUGUCCGGCCACCUACCGGCAGGGCUCCAGCCCGGGGACGUGCUUCCGCCGCUGCUCCGGCCACGGCGCUGUCUACACCCGCCGCGCGCUCACCCGCGCCGGCCUCUACCGGCUCACCGUGCGCGCCGCCGCGCCGCGCCACCAGAGCCUCUUCGUGCUGCUCAUCGCCGUGUCCCCCUAUCCCUACUGAGGGGCGUGGUCACUGGCCGCGGCUUUGGGGCCAGUGACCUCCGGGGAUGGGGCCGGGGAAGAGCCGGCCCAGUCCCCACCGCCAGGGUGACCCUUGCCCUCACCACCUGCUGUGGCAAGCGGACCCCUCACCCUUGUGCGUCAUUGAGCCCUUCGGCAAACAAGACCCUGCGUGCAACCUUGAGCCGAGGACAUCAAGGACCCGAUCGCCCCCUACCCGCCUCCGAGGUGGAGCUCAGCAGUCCUCAGGUGGUGAAGCCUGCUGUGGGACCAACCCAAUCUCCAGGGACCUGGGCCCGUACAGUACAGGGCACACCAGGAGGCCUCGGGGGAGGGACAGGCCCCUAGAGGGCGGCAGCAAUCACCCUCUGCCCACAGCACGGUCAUCCUGAACCCCGUGUGUGUACGUUUAAUAGAAAAACUUUCCUAUUUCUAACCAA